CGCUCUGCUUCCUUCCUCCGGGGUGCGGCCGACUCCGCCGCUCAGCUCGCUCAUGCUCAUGGAUGUGCACCCACCCAGCGCGCCCGCCUCCUCGCUGGCCGACCUGUUCCCGCACCAGCCCGCCGUGGAAAGUGAUGGAAGUGGCAUAGAAUGGCUUUCUGUCUAUGUAGAGGACUGCUUGUCAACUUCUGCAUCCUGCACAAACCCUGUCUCUGCAGAACUGGCGCCUAUUACAAUGGCAAGUCAAGGUACUGCAAAACCAAAGUUACCACCACGUCCAUCUUCCCAUGCAAGAAAAAGGAAAAGGAGCCUGGCCUCUGUUAUAAGUGAUACUGAUGACCAACAUUGCAUCACGCUGUUUGUUGAGCCACCUCUACUCCUACUCGAUCAUAAGGAUUGGCUAGCAGAGAGUGAGCUUAUCCUCCCCAAGAAGGACAAAGACGAAGGACUUGUCCAACAGCAAGAACAAGAGGAGGAUGAAGAACUUGUCCAACAGCAAGAGCAAGAGGAGGAGGAAUUGGCGAUCAAUUGUAGCUAUUGUUUGUCCAGCCAAUCACCACAGUGGUGGGAUGGUCCAUCAGGGCCUACCUGUGAUGCUUGUCGUCUGAGGAUCGAGGCAGAGAAUGGGCUCACCACCAUUUCGAAGAAGCGCUACGGCCAAGAGAUUGACAAAGAACAGGAGAUAGAAAAACGGCGAGAUAAGAAGAAGAUCAAGAAGGCUGUCUAUGUAAAUGACGAGCUGCCACCGGAGGAGCCAGUGAAGAGGUGCACACAUUGCAUGUCCUACAAGACGCCGCAGUGGAGGACUGGUCCUUUGGGGCCUAAGACGCUAUGCAAUGCUUGCGGCGUGAGGUACAAGUCUGGCAGGCUGCUGCCGGAAUACAGGCCUGCUAAUAGUCCAACUUUUGUGAGUGACAUACACUCCAAUUCUCACAAGAAAGUGAUGCAGCUGAGGCAGUCUGUUUCACAUCCAGGGAAGUGAGCUAGUGGUCAGGAACAUCUCAAUCUGUUGCAUUGAGUUUUAGGGGCUCUUUGGUUGUAGAACUAAGGUGAUAGUCAAGAACAUCUUAAUCUGUCCCAUUGAAUUUUAGGGGGGCUCCUUGGUCGUAGAAGUGAGCUGAUGGUCAGGAACAUCUCUGCAUUGAGUUUUCAGGGGCUCUCUUGCUGUAGCCCUAGAUGCUGAGAAAAUGAAAUCGGAAUUUAGUUAGGUCUCAGUUGAACUCUUUGUUAGCUCUAGCCGUUUUUAACUUGAGAAAUUAAUCUGCUAGUUGUUGGAGAUCGUCA